AUGUCCAAGGCUUACGAUAGGAUUGAAUGGAGUUAUUUGAGGAGACUGCUGGAAGCUCUAGGAUUUGAUCAGAAAAGGGUUAACUCAUAUGUUAAGCAAGGCAGAAAAGGACCAUCUAUCCAUCAUCUCCUAUUUGCCGAUGACAGCCUCUUCAUGUGUAAGGCUUCGGAGUCGCAAGCGCGGGUGCUUCAUGAUGUCUUGCGGACCUAUGGAAAAGCCACGGGUCAAGCCAUUAAUGUGCAGAAGUCGGCGAUCUCUUUUGGUAGAUUGGUGAGGCAGGAGGAAAGAGAUUCUAUAUCUCAGGUGCUGGGAAUAUUUAAUGAAGGAGGCUCCUCCAAAUACCUCGGGUUCCCGGAGUGUUUCAGUGGCUCUAAAGUUGACCUUUUGGGCUAUUUACGAGAACGAGUCACUGCUCGGCUCAAUGCUUGGUAUCUAAGGAAGCUCUCUCAUAGUGGCAAGGAGAUUCUAGUCAAAGUCUCAGCUUCUGCCAUGCCGAGAAAGGUGCACUGGAUAGCAUGGGACAAGCUGUGCUUGCCAAAAGAUAUCGGAGGCGUGGAAAGUGCUAUCUGCACCUCAAUGCCUUCUUGCUCGGAUCCUGAAAGUAGAUACUUCCCUGAGAUUGAUUUUUUAGAGGCGAAACUUGGAAACCGUCCAUCUUAUGGGUGGAGGAGCUUGCUGUUUGGGAGAGAGUUGCUAGUGAAGGGGCUUCAGAAGAGAGUAGGGGAUGGGAACUCAAUCAAUGUGUGGUGUGAUAAGUGGUUUGAAGAUGAGCGAGAUGGGUAUGGGCUUAGAGCUCCUUGGAUCAAAAACUGCACGUUUGAUCUUAAUCUUAAAAUGAGGAGUCUGAUUGACUUUCAGGCGAGAAGAUGGAAUCACCAAGCGCUGGAAGAAAUCUUUGUUCCUUCGGAUAUUGAAGUGUUGCUGAGGAACCAACCAGUAGUUACGAGAGAAGACUUUUGGGUGUGGAAAUUGAACAGGUCGGGUGCUUAUACUGUAAAAUCAGGUUACUGGUUGGCGUCAAACGAGAAGAACAAGGAGCUGCAGGUGCUGGCUGAAGCGAAGCCUUCUCUUAAUGAUCUCAAGGUGCAAGGUUGGAAGGUGCAUACCUCGCCCAAGAUAAAAUUGUUCUUGUGGAAGGCCUUGUCGGAUGCUCUCCAUGUAUCAGAGCUUGUUCUUGCGAGAGGUAUGAAAUGUGAUGAAAGGUGUCAGGUCUGUGGGAGAGAAGGCAAAUCUACCAAUCAUGUUCUGUUCCAGUGUGAUAUAGCGAGACAGACCUGGGCGCUUUCGUAUAUCCCUACGCCGCCGAGAGGAUGGUCGGAGAGAUCCAUCUAUGAGAAUAUCUCUUAUAUGUUGUCGAUGAGAAAAAACUUAACACCUGAUGAUAUUGCGAGCAAAGCGUAUAAGGAAGCUGAUGAACAGUUCAUGGUUCAACAGAUAGAGGGAAGUAUAGAGAGGGAGGAAGCGGUAUGUCUGCCUGAAGCCUGUCCUCCAUUCAUUGCGCCUCCAAAAGGCUGGGUGAAAUGUGAGAUAGGAAUAGAGUGGUCAAAAGGGAGUUCUUAUACAGGUGCGGCUUGGAUAGUUAGAAAUGAUGUUGGCAGAGUCCUACAGCACAGUAGAAGAGCUCUCUCUGCUGUUCCGACAUUAUUGGAGGCUAAGCUUCAAGUCUCUCUCUGGGCGGUGGAAAGUACGAGAAGUCUUAGAUAUCAAAAGGUGAGCUUCUCAUCUAGUUUUGAUGAUCUGUCUGAAGCUGUGGUUAAGCCUUGGUUGUGGCCGGCUCUGCAAUAUGAAGCUUCUGAUCUAAGGAAGGAGUUGCAGGUUUUUGUACAGUGGGAACUGAAAGUGGAAGCUUUGGUUUUGGUUGGAUGUGCUUCUUUCAUCGCACAGAGUGUGGUUAACCUUGGUUUAACACAGUCCUAUGUUGCCUCAGGUCAUCUUUGGUGA